AAAUCGAUGCUCCUAAAAACCAUAAACUCCACAAAAACACCGCUCUUUAAAAGGGCAGGGAGGCAGAGGCAGAGCCAGCCCUUGCAAAUCGCUCUCUACAACUACGUAACAUAACACAAAAUCUCAUUUCCCAUUCUUCCCCAAAACACAACAUUAAACAGAAAAAGCAAGAUUUGGGAUUAUUGAAAUUUGAAUUCUGAAAUUCCCCCAUAUGUAAUGCAUCAGAAGAAAUCAGAAGUCCAAAUCGGAAAAGAAAGCACCGGCGUCUCUUCCGAUUUCAACCCAACCCCUCCUCUUCUCUUACCUUCUUCAUCUGAUCACAACAAUACCCUCACAACCAUCGCCCCUCAAUUUCUAAUUCAAUCUCCAGCCAUUCAAUUCAAUAAUGACCCUAUUACCCCUUCUGCUUCUUCUUCCUCAACCCCUUAUAAGAGGCCCCUUCUGACUCAUCACCAUCCUCAUCGCUCUUCUUCUAUAUCUAAAUCCCCUACAAUCUACCAUUUCUCCGCCACCCAACAAAGUCACCCUCUUUUUUCUAUUUCCGUUGCCGCUAAAUCCGCUGCCUUUCGAUUACUCCGCCGUUUCAACCACCUUCGCCGUCUCCGCGUCCAUCUUCGCUUAAUUCUCCUCUUAUCUCUCCCAUUUUUCUACUUCUUGGUCUCCCAUCCCAGUCACUCUUUCCUCCUUGACUUCCUAUCCGCCUUCGCUUUCUCCGCUGCUUUAUUAUUCUCUCUAAAUCUCGCUCUCCCUCGCCUCCCUUCAAUUCGAUUGUUUUUGGCGCGUUCCUUCCCAAUCAAGCUCAAAUCCGCUUCUAACAUAUCUAGACCGCCUUUACCUGUGUUUUGGUCAAUUGGGUCGAGGCCUAAUUCGGAGAAAAGAGUGAAUUCGGGGUGUUGGGUCCAGGUUUAUAGCAACGGAGACGUAUACGAGGGCGAGUUUCAUAAGGGUAAGUGUUCCGGGAGUGGGGUCUAUUAUUAUUACAUGAGUGGGAGAUACGAGGGGGAUUGGGUUGAUGGAAAAUAUGAUGGUUAUGGAGUGGAGACUUGGGCUAGAGGGAGCCGGUAUAGAGGGCAGUAUAGGCAGGGACUUAGGCAUGGUUUUGGGGUGUAUAGAUUUUACACAGGGGAUGUUUAUGCAGGGGAAUGGUCUAAUGGCCAGAGCCAUGGGUGCGGAGUCCAUACUUGUGAAGACGGAAGUCGAUAUGUUGGGGAAUUCAAGUGGGGUGUCAAGCAUGGGCUUGGCCACUACCAUUUCAGAAAUGGCGACACAUAUGCUGGAGAAUAUUUUGCGGAUAAGAUGCAUGGCUUUGGUGUCUAUCGUUUUGCAAAUGGGCAUCGGUAUGAGGGAGCCUGGCACGAAGGUAGAAGGCAGGGCCUUGGAAUGUACACAUUCAGAAAUGAAGAGACUCAAUCUGGUCACUGGCGAAAUGGAAUUCUUGAUGUCCCAAGUACACAAAACACCACCUAUCCUGUAUCUCCCGUUGCUGUUUAUCAUUCUAAAGUACUCAAUGCAGUGCAGGAAGCACGACGAGCUGUGGAAAGGGCUUAUGAUGUGGCUAAGGUCGAUGAAAGGGUGAAUAAGGCUGCAGCAGCAGCUAACAGGGCAGCCAAUGCAGCUAGAGUGGCAGCAGUUAAGGCUGUGCAGAAACAAAUGCAUCACAAUAAUAACAAUGACAACAUUCCAAUCCCAGUUGGGUGACAUGCAUUGCAGAUACUUGAUACAGAGAAAAUGAUGGCAUUUAAGAGUACAAUGGCUUUUGUGAUUUUCCUUUUCAAUAGCUUCGUACUUUGCACAGCAUCUUCUCUUCAGCCUAUUUCUCAUAACUGAAAAAUGCCAACAUGGAAUCCAUGCUAGUGCGGAAGAAGAAGCUUUGGAGUAGAUAGGUUAGUUUAGUCCGCUAUGAUGUCAUGUAUACAUGGAUAAUGCUGCCAGCCAAGAGUAAGAAGCGAAUAUGGGAGAACAAUGUCUAUUUAAGAUUUCUCCUUUUUCCCGCUCAUUUUUAUUAUUAUUUUUUUAACUUGUAGGCUUUUGUAAGAUGGGGUAAGAGGUAAUGUUAAUAUAUGCUGGUCCUAGGGUUAAACCUUAGCCCAGCAGGGUGGUUGGAUGUGAACUGAUCAACAUCCUUAAUGAGAUAUAAUCAUGUUCCAUGUGGGACAAAUUGGCCUGUGAUACAGUUGUAACAUGUGAUCAAAGCAAUGCGCUUAUAUGAAUUUCAUGCCUGUUACUGUUGGGA